AUGAUGUCGACCACCCUGGACGCUAUCAUUGAUCCCGCUCAUCAUGAUCUUUCGCCGGUAGACAGCAAGCGGGAUUACAUCGACGAGACGCUCGAGGUUCCUAUCCAUGUCGACCUAGUGUCGGUCCCUCCGGUGCGCCCCCCACUCGACUACUCGUCGGUCAGUGCGUUCUCCGCCAGCCUCUGGCGUCGUUUCGCCAGUCUGUGGACGAAGCGCUUCAUCCUGUCGCUGCUAGCGGGCCAGCUUGUCUCCCUCUGUAUUACCUGUACGAAUGUCACGACAACAGAGCUUGUCCAGCGCAACUGGGCGCUUCCGACCACUCAGACUUUUUUCCUCUAUUUUUCAAUUUUCAUCGUAUACACGCCUUACACGAUAUAUCAAUACGGAUUUAAAGGAUGGCUGAAAAUGAUCUUCAGAGAUGGCUGGAAAUAUGUCAUCCUUGCUGCCUGCGACGUAGAAGGAAACUUUUUGGCUGUCAAGGCUUACGAUUACACGACCCUCCUUUCCUGCAUGCUUCUGGACGCAUGGGCAAUCCCCGCAUGCCUGUUCUUCUCUUGGGUUUAUAUGCGUCCGAAGUAUCACUGGUCGCAGCUCUUCGGCGUAGUCAUCUGUGUCGGAGGCUUGGGCAUGCUUGUAGCUUCCGACGAGCUCACCGACAAAGACUGGCCGGCGCAAAAUCGUGGCAAGGGCGACGCCUUCAUGAUCGUCGCUGCCACGCUCUAUGGCUUCACGAAUGCUACGGAGGAGUUUUUUGUGCGCCGCUCGCCGCUGUACGAGGUCAUCGGGCAGCUCGGUAUGUGGGGCAUGAUCAUCAAUGGCAUCCAGGCUGCGGGGCUUGAGCACAAGCAGAUGACGACCUCGACGUGGAGCGGAGAGAACAUCGGGAUCCUGAUCGCAUACACUGCGUCAAUGUUCAUUCUGUACACCGUCGCGCCGAUCUUGUACCGUAUGGCCUCGUCCACGUACUACAACCUCAGCUUGCUGUCGAGCGACUUCUACGGGCUGCUCUUCGGGCUGUUCCUCUUCCAUUACAGGGUGUACUGGCUGUACUUCCCCGCAUUCGCGGUGGUCAUCCUCGGGCUGGUCAUCUACUUCUGGUCUGCCCCACCCGAGGCACAAGGCAAAAUCGACCCCCGCGCGCCGGCGUAUGUAUCCAGGAGGGAAAACGCACUGGACAUUGUCGCUGGACAGGUGUAA